CAGGACUCGCGUAACCCGAAAACGAGGCUGCAAGGAAAAUAAAAAAAGAUGUCGGAUCGACCACAAAUGGAAGGAGUUCUUUGGAAAUGGACCAACUAUUUGAGCGGCUGGCAGCCCCGCUGGUUUGUGCUAGACAAUGGAGUUCUGGCGUACUACAAGUCACAGGAGGAAGUGCACCAGGGGAGCAAGGGAGCUCUGAAGAUGUCUGUCUGUGAAAUUGCAGUCCACCCGACAGACCAGACCAGGUUUGACCUGAUCAUCCCACACGAGCAGCACUUCUAUGUGAAGGCGGCCACGCCUGCUGAGCGCCAGACCUGGGUCGUCGCACUGGGGACCGCCAAGGCCUGUCUGGCUGACAGCAGGAACAGGAAGGAACAAGGGUUGGAGGAAUCCAAGGAGACCCUUAAGGGGAAGAUGUCAGAAUUAAGACUGUACUGUGACUUACUACUGCAGCAGGUCUCCAACAUUAAAACUGCUGCAACUGAUCCUGAUCAAGUGGACCAAGAGAUGCUGCAUGAGUCGUCUUCGCUGCUGUCGGCAACAUGCGACACGUUUAUCCGGACGAUGAACGAGUGUAUGAAGCUGGCAGACAACAGCUUCACCCCACAGAUCCCAAACACUUCCAUGAACUCUGCUCUACCACCCACCCCCACCAGACAUGCAAAAAGACCAUACAACAGAUCAACUUCUGUAUCAGAACAUAGACAUUCCCCUACACCUGUGUCCAUUCCUAAGGGCCCCACUACAACCUACAAAAACCUCGAAGACUUUGCCUCCACCAGAAGAGCGCCGCCGGACAACGAAAGACUCUCCGCCAGUGCGCCGACCUCGCCCAUGGUUACGGAUGUCCCUAGCAACCUGCCACGCCCAUCUACCAUAGAAACCACCAGUCCUGCCAGCAAUGUGGAAAAAGAUGAUGACGAUGAUGAAGAGAGAAAAAUCAAGACUUUCUUUACAGCAGUAGAUCAUAGUUUUACAGAUGUCCGACUGACAGUCAAUGGUGACAUCCCCACCGGACCAUUCCUAGAUGCCUGCAACGACAUGCUACCUUUCUUUGACCAUGUAGGAGGACCAGCCAUGGCACCUGUCAAGAUGGACGUACAAGGAAACAUCAGGAAACUAACACAGAAGUACUCCACCAACCCAGUAGUGUACUGCACAUUACAGGACAUUGUGAAACAGGAGAUGGCUUCUAACUCCACUCAGGUCAAGAACUCUGCCACUGAUGCUAUCAUGUGGUUAAAAAGGGGUCUACAGUUUACGAGAGAAGUAUUUAUAGAGAUUGUACAGGGAGAGAGGGACCUAACAGUAGCUGUAGGUAAUGCAUAUGAGAAGACGUUGAAGAAAUACCAUGGUUUUGUAGUUCGAGGUGUGGUUGCUCUUGCCAUGAAAGCAGUUCCAUUCUACGAAGACUUUCGAACAAAGAUGACAUCAGCGGCGGGAGACGAGUACAAGGGCACGCCGCUGGCGGAAAAGGCGCUCAUGCAGGAUGCAGAAACCUACGCCGACGCACUCGGAGCGCUCACAACAAUUCUACACGAGUUUUAUGUGACUAAUAAUCUAGACUCACAGGAAGUAGUAGGAUAGUACAGAGAUUGGGAGAUAAGUUGUUUUUUUUUGGGGGGGGGGCAGUCUUUUGCCUUUUGGGCAGAGGCAAUUUUGUUGUUGUUGUUGUUCUUGUUACAUAUAGUGCAAGUUCACCUUUAUCUGUGGGGUAACCUAUAUCCGUUAUACUAAGAAGAGUUUUUAGGGUUUCACAGUGACGGUGGUUUCAAAUUAGAGUAUUUUCUAACUAUUGUAGUUUGAAAGCACCGUUCAUCUGCUUGAUAUCCCUAAAUACCCUAUUUGUGAGUACAAUGGAUAUAGGUAACCCUACAGAUAAAGGUAAACUAGCGUUACAGUCAAACCUGUCUAUAGCCUACAUGAAGAAAUAUUCAUCUUUAAUAUUGAAUUAUUGUCAAUUUUUUUUUGUUGUGCCUUUGGGGCCAAGGCAUUUUAGUAUUAUUGUUUGAAGACUUGUUAGAUAUACUGUCGUAAAAAAUAUGACCACUGAAGAUGAUUAAACAUGAAGAAAAUAUUGAAGAGUCUGACAUGUAUAUUUUGUGAAUUUUUUGUCAUUGAAUGAUCAAUGUCUAUUUGUUUGCUAUGUCUUUGAGGCAGAUGGAUUUUUGUUAGUGUUUUUGUUGGUAGAUUUACAGUCAAACCUGUCAAAAGCGACAAACAUGAAGAAAAUAAUCACAGCAGAGAGUUUUUUGCUAUUGACAAGAUUCUGACUGUUUAGUUCAAUGGGAAUAAUUAUCUAAAGUGCCACUAGAUACAUGUAGUGACCAAUUAUUCUCACUAGUAACGGUACUUUGACUUUAAAUUGUAUCUUUAAAUUGGAAAUGAUGGUGGUGGAAAUAUGUGUUUUGAAUUGCAUUUGCCUGAAGAUACAUGCAUAUGUAUACAAAAUGUACUUCUUACAGUGUGUUUUUCAAUUGUUCCAACAAUGGAUACAACAAUGCAGUUCACGUGAAAAGCUAAAUCACAUAUUAGCAGAAAGAUACUGUAACAGUUAUUUAUUCCAUGACAUAUAUUUUCUUUGAUCCACUCUCUAUCCCCUUAUUAGUCUGCUUUAAGAAAUAAUUUUUCUUGAUUUUAAAAGGCAUAACGGAUAGUAUGCGUGAAGGAAUUAUAGUCACAAGGCAUAAUUUAUUUGUAAGUUUUGUGAAUAUAUUGUGAUACUAUGUUAUACAAAAUAUACAUAAUAUAUGUGCCUAUGGAAUUUCUUACAUUUCAAACAAGUACAUAUUAAAUUAUGAGACAUCAAACAAAAUAAAAUUGCACAGCAUUUUGGUACUUUUUAGUUGUUUUAAGAAAUUCUGAAGAAGGUAGGUGAAGAAAAAUGCAAGAAAAAAUGUGGGGAAAGUACAGAACAUACAGUUCAAUCUGUC